AUGGCAAGAGGAGGUGGGCACCGAUACUGUUACAAAGAUGUGCUUCCGUUCACCGCCCUGGUGGCGAUGGAGUGCUCCAACGUCGGCCUUAACACACUGUUCAAAUUCGCCACUAACCACGGGAUGAGCCAUCAUGUUUUCGUCGUUUACGCCUAUGCCGUGGCGGCGCUUGUUCUACUUCCGGCGAUGUUUCUCCGUGGAAGCAGAUCGAGAGUGCUUCCUCCGUUGAACUUCUCUAUCAUGAUCAAAACUUUUCUACUCGGAGUUAUUGGGUGUACAUCUCAGAUCAUGGGUUAUACUGGAAUCAAUUAUGGAUCACCAACGCUUGCUUCAGCCAUCAGCAACCUGACGCCGGCUUUUACUUUCGUGCUUGCCAUCAUUUUCAGGAUGGAAAAGCUAGAGCCGUCGAGCACAAGUAGCCGGGCUAAAGUGGUUGGCACCCUGAUCUCAAUAUCAGGUGCAUUUGUAGUGACUCUUUUCAAGGGUCCAAGUAUCAGUUCCACACACACCAAGCAUCAAAUUCUACAUUCAUCACGAUCAAACUGGAUUAUUGGCAGCCUAUUUCUCACCGUUGAAUAUAUUUUGGUGCCAGUGUGGUACAUUUUUUUGACGCAUAUCAUGAAAGAGUACCCGGCAGAACUGACAUUGAUGUUCUUCUACAAUUUAUUUGUGAGCAUCCUAGCUGCAUUCGUAGGUCUCAUUGUAGAACCAGACUCUAGCAAAUGGAUAAUAAGACCCAACAUCUCGUUGGCCUCUAUUCUAUGCUCUGGGGUUUUUGGCUCCGGCUUGAACAAUGUUAUUCAUACAUGGGCCUUGCACUUAAAGGGACCUGUCUAUGUGGCCAUGUUCAAGCCAUUGUCCAUUGCCAUUGCAGCUGCCAUGGGAGUCGUCAUCCUUGGCGAUACUCUUUAUCUAGGAAGCAUCAUCGGUGCAACAAUAAUAGCGAUUGGAUUCUAUACUGUAAUGUGGGGCAAAACAAAAGAGGCUAUGGUCGAAGUUGAUGAAAUCAGUGAUCUGGAAUCUGUGGCUACCCAAAAACAUCCCUUGUUGCAAAGUUACAAAAAUGACGGGACAGAGGAGAGGUGA